AUGUCGGCGCCGUCAGGAAGGGAGGGGGAGAGGCGGCGGCACCACCACCGCCAUCGCCAUGAUCAUGACAAGUAUCAACACAAGCAGCAGUGCGGGGCCCUGCAGCAGCAGCACAACCGGAGGCGAGGGGACGGAAAUGGAGAUCUGGUGCCGCUCGCGGCUCUGAUCAGCAGGGAGAUGAAGACCGAGAAGAUGGAGAGGCCGAAGAUCAGGUCCGGUUGCGCGGCACAGUCGAAGAAGGGGGAAGACUACUUCCUCAUGAAGGAGGACUGCCAGCGCCUCCCUGGAAGCACUUCCUCCACCUUCUCCGCCUUUGCCGUGAGCUUUCUUCUCUUCAGCGCUUUGUUUUCCCCUCUGCCCGUCCGUCCUUCCGUUCUGUGUUUUGCGGUCCUCUUGGUACGAGCGCUGUAGCUUUCGCGUUCCUGUGUUUGUUUGUGUUUCUACGUCAGUUACGUACGCAUUAAGGAAAUAAAUGCGUCUUACGCUAGCUUAUUGUGGAAGAAUUUCGGUGUCUCUGGCGUCAACCUGAUUUCGAACUUUUCUGAUCGGAUCUUCGUCAUUUCGUUUCUGCCGGUGAACACUCGGCGUAUAAUGUACCCUUUUGUCUUUCGAGUCUUUUCUCUUGAGGCUGUUGACUUUAUUGCCCAAUCGUCAACGGGUGAUCUGCGGAAUUACAGAUUUUCGAUGGUCACAACGGCAAUGCAGCUGCUAUAUUUGCAAAGGAGAAUCUUUUAAGCCAUAUAUUGAGCGCGAUUCCUCAUGGUCUUGGACGGGAAGAGUGGCUUCAGGCUCUACCUCGUGCUCUUGUUGCCGGCUUUGUCAAGACUGACAAAGAGUUCCAGAGGAGAGGCAUGCUUCUAUCUUGUGGCUCUUGCCUGCGUCUCGCGCUCUCUAGACCAACUAUUUUUAACAGUCAUUACUGUGCAUUUACAGGGGAGACUUCUGGGACUACGGCCACUUUUGUAAUAGUAGAUAGGUGGAUUGUUACUGUAGCUUCUGUUGGAGAUUCACGUUGUAUCUUGGACACUCAAGACGGGGCAGUUACUCUUCUGACUGUCGACCAUAGGUUGGAAGAAAAUGCAGAAGAGUAAGAGCGCGUUCCCCCUUAAUCACUUUGGUCUUCUUGGUAGUUUUCUCUUGACCUGGCAUUCUUUCCACACUAUCUGUAUCAGGAGGGAACGUGUUACUGCCAGUGGAGGGGAAGUUGGAAGGCUAAGCAUUCUGGGUGGGAAGGAGGUAUACUGUUCGUUAUGGGUAAUUUUUAUUUUGACCGUUUAUAGAUGAUUUUGGAGGAUAUAACUUUAAAGUGCCUCUACAUUAAUUCUUCUUCAGAUUGGUCCACUACGAUGUUGGCCUGGGGGUUUAUGCUUGUCAAGGUCUAUUGGAGAUAUGGAUGUAGGAGAAUAUAUUGUCCCAGUUCCUUAUGUCAAGCAAGUGAAGGUAAAUGGGGUUGGGUUGCUACUUUCUCUUUGAAAAUUCAGUAGUUUGUUACCAUCACUUAAUUUUUUUUAAUAGUUCAAUCGUUGGUGACCUACAUUUGGUAUCACAUUCCACUGCUAAUAUUUCUCAUUGCGCCAGCUAUCUAGUGCCGGGGGAAGGCUUAUAGUUGCUUCUGAUGGCAUAUGGGAUGCAUUAUCCUCGGAGGUGGCUGCAAAAUCUUGCCGAGGGUUACCAGCAGAGCUUGCUGCGAAGUUAGUUGUGAAGGUGAAUGCAAUGAUGUACUUCAUUUUAUGUAUCACUGUGACGUUCAUUUUAUUAUUAUCCUAGAACCUGAAUAUUAGACUCUGAUUUUGAAGGCAUGCAUUGCAAGGUUUUCAAAUCCUUACCUUUGGUCGAUCAUUUUUUCAUUUAGGAAGCAUUGCGGGCAAGAGGGUUGAAAGACGACACUACUUGCAUUGUUGUGGAUAUCAUUCCACCUGAAAAUCCUGUACCUCCUCCGUCUCCACCAAAAAAGCAGAGCAAACUUAAGUCAUUCUUCUUCAGGAAACAUUCUAAUGAUUCUGCUAGUAAAUUAGCAAAGAGACUGGCUGCUGUUGGUAUAGUUGAAGAACUUUUUGAAGAAGGGUCAGCAAUGCUUGCCGAAAGGUAAGUGGGAUCUAUUUGAUUUCUUUGUGCCCUUCCUUCUAAGACUUUUGCAUGACUUGGCUCGUGAUAAAAUGCAUCUUUUCCGUCUAAAUAUUUCAUGUCUCAAUUGAACCCUUUGGUUUCACCAUUUUUGUUUGAUAUCUGUUGAGUCAACAAUAUGUAUAUGUUCGGAUUUAUUCGGUUCAUUUUCAUUUACAAUGGAAUAUGUAACUUCCAUGGAAAACACCCAACUUCUAUUGAGUCUUGUCCAAGGUAGGCAAUAUGAGUCUUUUGCAUUGGUCGUUGCCAAUUCUACAACAUUUCCCCUUGGUCUUGUUGAAAGGUGUAUUUUCAAUUCAUUGACGAGAGACAACUAUCGUUGUUCCUCCGAUUUUUUUUGUCUCUACAUGCAAUUUUCUCAAGUAAUGUCGGAAUAUAUUGCAUUUUUUUUUCAUUUCUCUUUCAAAUAUCUUUUUGGUUUGGCAAAACCGCUACUUACUUUCUAAUCUAAGAUAUGGAGAUUUGAUUGAAAAUGAACUAUAUAAAUUUAUACCCUGAUUUUGGAUGGGUGAAAUGCAAAAAUGUCACAUCCAUCCAUCAACCAGAAAAGACAAUCGUUGGUCCUAUUGUCUUAUUUGCUCGGAUGUCUGAUUCUCGCCUUUGCUUCCUAUUUUAUCUCCUACCUUGAUAAUCCUGGGAGGAGUAACUUUCUUGCAUACAACCCUUCACACCUCUAUUUUUCGUCAUUUGGGAUGCGCAAGCUUCUACGAACCAGAUUGAUGAUGUUGCCUUCCGUGAUAGCAAACUUACUGUUUGCUGGUGCUGCUACUUGCACCGACAGCAAUUCUGGUUGGGCAUCUGCAGACAUUGUCAAUGUCAUUGUUGAAACUUGUCUGAUUGUUUCCCUACUUUGGCAAGUCUUCUUGCCUAUCAUAGAGACGUGCUUAACCAUUGCUAGGCUAUUAGGUUAGCUACCAUGUGCUCUGUUAUACAUACGAAUGCCACAUUUAAGCGACAUCCGUCCUUGAACAGAAUAUGAUUUCUCAAUAUCUCGAUCUGCACCUUGGACUGUACUCAGUUGAAUGUAAACCGGACAAGGCCAGGUUUUAGCUUCCCUCAGAGGCCACAUCAGCUGGGUCAUUCUUCCACUGGCCAUACCUUGAUUGGAUUCUUCGAUUAGUAUGAGGAGCAAUGAAGAGCAAUGGAGGACUCUUCUCCUUGGGAGACUAUUUUUUCCCUUUCAUUUAACAAUGGUACCAAGGAGUGAAGAACAAUGGCUUUUUUGUGCUGGGAUGCUUCACCUGAACAUGAAUCUUGCCCGAUCCCAAAGCAAAGGGCGGAUUAAGAUGGGUUAUAGUUUCCUGGGUCUGAGGGAUUUGUUCGAAAUGGGACUGAUUUUCCUCUUCUGGAUCGAAGCUAGCUUGAGUGAAUUGGUGGGUCAAUUUGACUCCUGAAUCCUAGGAAGUGGGUGAAACUAACUUAAUCUGAAAUUAGACUCAGAACUGGGAAAUCGGGUGGAUUUUUUUCUCGGUAGAAACUCCCUGGAAUGGAAGUUACCAAUUGGCUAGUUUAAACCUAAUCUAGAGAGGAUUUGACCUGGCAAGUUAGAUUGACCAAGAUUUACCUUCUCAUAUUCCACUUUUCCUGCAGUAUUCUCCCUACUGCAUAGGUGGAUAGAGAUCCCAUUGGGCUCAAACCCACAUCAGUCUCUACCAGGUCAGACCUGGAGCUCCAUCAGUUCGCCUCAACUUCUGUGGUGGUCAUUUUUCUCACGGCCCAGAGCUCAUCUGCUUCAUUUUCCUUGCAUAUUUAUCAUCACGGGGAGACCAAAAGCAUGCAUGAAAUGCUGAAACAGGUCAUGGCGAUGUUUUCUUGGAGGUUCAGAGGAUAUGAGAGCCCAUUUAUAUAAGGGGAAUAAAAUCAAUGAAAUAAACAGGUCUCCUCGGUGGCAAAACCCUAAGAGGCUUCAUUUUUCUGGCAAGCUCAGAUGCUUCAUUUUUCUCAGGUAUUGAUUGAUCGUAUAAAUAACACGGGUUCGUCAUAUAUUGCCAGGCUCGGAAAUGAGACGUCGACUUCGCAGGCGGCGUCCAGCCUCUUCACGUGCGCCAUUUGCCAAGUUGACCUGGCCCCCAGCGAGGGCUUCUCCGUCCACGCCGGCGCCAUAUUCUCCACCAGCUCGAAGCCGUGGGAGGGCCCCUUCCUGUGCUCCACCUGCCGGGACAAGAAGGACGCCAUGGAAGGUAAACGCCCCAGCGGGGUCAAAGUGGUUUGA